UGGUUGGAAGAUUAGCCUCAAGUAUAAAAUGGCCACUCUCUGGACCAAACUCAGAGGCCUGGGCUGUGCUGAGGUGAUGGUAAAUUCACUAAAGAACAAGGCCAAAGACAAAAGUCAGGCAGCGUUGAAUGUGAAAAAGCCUAGAAGGGCAGAAGUCAAUUAUUGUCCGCAGUAUCCAAAAGGAGAAACCACUGACAGUCUGGAAAAGGAGAGAAUUGCACUGCUUUCAGAGAUUCAGAAGAGAAACAAUGACCAUAUAGUGACAAUGAAAAUGGAGAAGACUUUCUCAUACAGAAGGCAAGAAAUUAUUCAAGGACAGCCCUUGAUUGCAGACUUCAAAAGCAGAUGGCCAACUCUGUUCACUCAGAAAGAGAUCGACAAGGAAUUCCUGCGCAUAUCGACUGUACCACUGCUAUCUACAUUCUUUUCUGAGAUAGACAGGUACACUCCACGCAUGAUGGAGAUCUUUCGAUGCAAAGGUGGGGUGGCUGGAAGAAAAAUGAGACACAUCAUGAUGGCUGUCUCCAAGGAUGACACAAUACAUUCAAGACGAGCAUGCAUCCUCAAGUCCUUGUGCGUCUACCUGAACGAAGACCACGAGAAACUUGUGAAGGAAUACACAGUGAGUUACAUUCACAACGUGUGACAAAGAUGUAGACUUACAGCACAUUUCAUUCACACAUUUACUUGUGUGUUAUGUAAUUAACUGCAGGAGUUAUGGGUAAUAAAUUUGAAAUAUGAAACAGCAAAAUGUGACACCCUGUACGACUAAAACAUAAUGUAAUUUGUCCUUGUUUUUGUUUCAUGUCAAAUUUCUGAGGUUGGAAA